UAAAACACGGAGGACCAGAGAUUCUGUUUGAGAUGACGAUUGAAUUAUGUUAUCAUCAUCGCCGGCGGCCACCACCGCUCAUCCUCCUCCGUUGCCGGAAACCUACCGAUCAUCUCUGAAUUUACUUUCAUCGCCGCAGAUUACCCGCCGACAACUUUUCAAGACCCUCUCACUAUGUUUCGCCGCACAGCCACUCUCCGUCUCCACCGUCGCACCAGCCCACGCACGAGGCCUCUUUCAAAUGCCGCCUCUCCGGCUUUCUAAUCGGCAGAAAAAGCUGAUCGCUUUAGUGAGACUCCAAAUUCUUCAUGUGGUUCUUGUUCUUGGUGAGCUAAUAACAAAAACGUCUUUUCUUGAAACAAGAUAUUACCUAGUGAGAGCUGGGGAAUCGGAUUACGAAAGCUUGGGGAUAAUCAACACAAACCCGGUGGCCAAAACAUCGGUCGAUAGCGGAUUAUCAGAGAAAGGUAAGAAGCAGACGGUGAGAGCUGCGUUACAGUUGAAGUCAAUGGGAGCCUGUGACCGUAACUGUUGGCUCUGGCCUUCCAUUACUCAGAGAGCUUAUCAGGCUGCUGAAAUCAUCGCCUCCAUCAAUGGAAUUAGUCGCAGCUACAUAGUUCCCGAGUAUAGCUUCCUUGAUGCUCGUGGUUUGGGAGCUUACGAAGGCAAGAAGCUAGAUUCCAUAUCAGAAGUGUAUGCAUUAGACUCAAUAUCCAUGAAGACAAAACCUCCUCCUAUAAGCGACGGUACGCCCAACGAGAGUGUCUCGGAUGUAUUCGUGCGUGUGACGCAGCUAAUGUCCAUUCUCGAGACUCAGUACUCAGAGGACACGAUCGUCAUUGUUUCGCCUGAUUCAGACAACUUAUCUGUGUUGCAAGCUGGUGUUCAGGGCCUCGACCUUCGAAGGCACUCGGAGUUGUAUUUUGGACCAGGAGAAGUAAGACUGUUGGACGCAAACAGCAUCCGUGUGUAUAAGCAACCUGCUUCUGCUGUGUAUAAAUGUACAAACCCACCAAACUGUGACUAAUUUCAUUUUCUCAAUACGUUUUCUUUAUAAUACAUAUAUACUAUUGUGAUUUAACCAUGAUUUUGAAGCUUAAUUUUACACUUCCAUGCAAGUGUAGUACAUUCUACUUAAAUUUAACUUAGUUCAUUACUUAAUAA